AACAAACAGGAUCUCAACCUUUCCUAGAGAGACCAAUCAAACAUGGAAAACCAAGCAAACCUGAGAGCCAAAAUCGCCGAUUGCUUUUCUGUUUUCCCUUCUCUCUCUCUCUCUCUUGCUAGAUUCAAAAUUUGUCUCUGGAUAGUUGAAGACGUCUGUUCUGCCCCGUUCUUCAGAUAAUUGAGCUGUGAUUCCAGAUGUCUGAAUGAACCAAUUAAUUUGUAAUGAAUUUCACCAUGGACCGCCAAGCAAAGGGAUAUGGGAGAUCUAACAGCUCAACUGUACCUACUGGUAGUAAUGUUUUUGAGCCUGCAACAAUUAUUAAUGGUGAGACAGAAGCUAAGCAGAGGACAGCUUUGAUAGAGUGGUUAAACAGUAUUCUUCCCGAUUUAAGUCUGCCAAUAAAUGCUUCAGGCGAUGAACUGAGAGCUUUGCUCAGCGAUGGUACUGUCUUAUGCCGGAUUUUGAACAGGCUGAGGCCAGGUUCUGUCCUUGAGUGUGGCAUUUCUGACCAUCCUUCAGAAUCAGGCUCAGAUAAUUUAAAAAGGUUUUUGGCCUCUAUGGAUGAGAUGAAAUUGCCCAGGUUUCAAGUAUCAGAUCUACAGAAGGGAUCUAUGAAACCUGUCUUUGAAUGCCUUCUCAUUCUUAGAGCUCAAUUCAUGCCAAACUUUGUUGGACGUAAUACUCCAAACUCUGGCUCACCCAAUAGUCAUGGACGUGAUUCUAGCAUGGGACCCAAACAUCCAGUACAAAAUCCUGGAAGUAGUGAUGGUUCUCUGGAGCAGAAACCUGCUCAAGCACAUUCUUCCUCGUUAUCUAGAGAAGAGAGGCGGAAGGCGGCAUGGAAAUUUGCAUCUGACUCAAUGUUCCGACGUGCCUUAUGUAGUCCUGUCAUGGCAGAGCCAUCAGCUGCAUUGUUACAUCAUGUAGGAAAUAAGUUCCAAGAAGUGUUUCAGCUGAAGCAUGGUCGCUACUCUGAUCUUUCUGCUGGGAGGAUUUCUGAAAUGAUGAAACCAAACAGUUUGGAUAAUGCCCCAACUCAGUCUCUGUUGAGUGUUGUGAAUGGAAUCCUAGAUGAAAGCACUGAAAGAAAGAAUGGUGAAUUACCUCACCGUGUGGCAUGUCUAUUGAGAAAGGUUGUGCAGGAGAUCGAGAGGCGUAUAUCUAAUCAAGCAGAACAUUUCAGAACUCAAAGCAAUAUUUUCAAGUCUCGUGAGGAGAAAUACCAGUCAAGAAUCAAAGUGCUUGAAGCCCUUGCAACUGGAUCUAAUGAAGAAACACAGGUUGUCAUGAACCAGCUCCAGCAGAUAAAGGCUGAGACGAUCAAAAUAGAGGAAAAAAGGAAAUUUGAAGAAGAGGAUGUUCGUAGAUUAGCAAAAGAGAAAAAUCAGAUUCACCAAGAAAUUCUGUCACUGAAGCAAGAACUGGAAAUAGCCAGGAAAUCAAAAGAAGAAUCCUGCUUACAAUUGACGAAAGAUGCUGAGGGUGCUCAAGGCAAGCUCGUGGAGAAGUUGACAGAAGUUGAUCAGCUUCUAUCAGAAUCUAGGAAUAGGGUUAAAGAGCUUGAGGCAUAUUCAGAAUUAAAAAAUCAGAGGUGGAACAAGAAAGAGCACAUCUACCAAAUAUUUACAGAAUUUCAGCUUGGUGCACUGAGGGAAUUGAGGUUUGCUUCUCAAUCAAUCAAGCAAGAAAUUUCAAGAACACAAGAGAGCUACUCGGAUGAGUUUCAGAAUUUAGGGAUAAAACUUAAAGCCUUAGCAGAUGCAUCAAAAAACUAUUAUUCAGUCCUUGCUGAAAACAGGAAGCUGCAUAAUGAGGUCCAAGAGCUAAAAGGAAAUAUUAGAGUUUAUUGCCGUAUAAGGCCAUUUCUUCCUGGAGAGGAAGGGAGGGAGUCAAUUGUGGAGCACAUUGGUGAAAAUGGAGAACUGGGGGUCAUGAACCCCUCGAAACAAGGAAAAGAUGGCCGUCGAUCGUUCAAGUUUAAUGAGGUUUAUGGUCCAGCUACUACGCAAGCGGAAGUAUAUUCUGAUAUCCAACCACUGAUAAGAUCAGUUCUUGAUGGAUACAAUGUAUGUAUAUUUGCAUAUGGCCAAACUGGCUCAGGGAAAACCUACACAAUGAGUGGACCUGAUGGAGCAUCUGAAGAAGAUUGGGGGGUCAACUACCGAGCUCUAAAUGAUCUUUUCAAUAUUUCUCAAAACAGAAAUCAUGCCUUUAAAUAUGAACUUGGAGUUCAAAUGGUUGAAGUAUAUAAUGAACAAGUGCGCGAUUUGCUGUCAAGUGACGGUUCUCAAAAGAAACUUGAGAUUUUGUUGAACUCCCGACCAAACGGAAUAGCUGUACCUGACGCUACCAUGCAACCAGUGAUUUCUACCUCUGAUGUAGUGGAAUUAAUGGAAAUUGGAUUGAGGAAUAGAGCCAAGGGUGCCACUGCCUUAAAUGAAAGAAGCAGCCGAUCCCACAGUAUUGUAACUAUUCACACUCAUGGGACGGAUACAAAGAGUGGUGCCUCUCUGCGAGGCAGUCUUCAUUUGAUAGACCUGGCAGGAAGUGAAAGGUUAGAUCGUAUAGAUGUAACUGGAGAUAGGCUUAAGGAAUCUCAACAUAUAAACAAAUCUUUGUCUGCCCUUGGAGAUGUCAUCUUUGCUUUGUCACAGAAGAGUGCUCAUGUUCCAUACAGAAACAGCAAGCUCACUCAAGUUCUUCAAAGCUCCCUAGGUGGUCAUGCAAAGACUUUAAUGUUUGUGCAACUUAACCCUGAGUUAGAUUCGUACUCUGAAACUAUGAGUACCUUAAAGUUUGCAGAGAGGGUCUCCGGAGUUGAGUUAGGUGCUGCACGAAGCAGCAAAGAUGGCAGGGAUGCCAAGGGUUUAAUGGAACAGGUGGCAUCUCUCAAGGACACAAUCACAAAGAAAGAUGAAGAAAUUGAACGCCUGCAACUGCUUAAAGAUCUCAAAAAUGUGUACCAAGGCGUCAAUGCUGAUCAGAAGCGCAGUACCAGGGGCUGAAUUUUCACAUUGAAUUGCCAUAUACCUGCAAAAAUCUCCAGUGAACUCCUUGAAGAUCUCAAUGGGUUUCAAAAGAUUUAUCAGCAGAAGCAAUUUGUCGGUGGAGCCUGUCACAAUGUGGCAGUAAGACAGACUCAAUAAUUGAUCUUCAUAUUUUUGUCUCUUGUGAAUUUUUCACUGUAAUGCAUUUGUGUAUGCUUUGUUCCCUUG